UAACCGUAGAGGACGUCGUCUGUUAUUUAGACGGUUAAAGUACACCGAACCAAGCUAAUUCCGUCGCACAACAACUUUGCCAGAGUUUACUAUGUUUAUAUGGUUUGAAUAAGAAAUUUCAACAGCGAGCACCAAAAUCAAAUUUGCCGGGUAUCUAUAAGCAACGGGCAACCAUGAAGGGUGAGGGCAAGGAAAUGGACCCGGCAGCGAGAGAAUCGAGAAACGGUGACAUCUGGGCAGCGUUGCAGGAAGUGGUGCGAGACAAUCCAAGAUUCUGGUUGUACUUCAGUUCGGUGAUGAUCCAGGUCCGAGAAGCGGUUUUGGAACGAGCAGCGGCCGGUUCACCACGCGACUUUUUUCCCGGCUACCCAAAGUACCGAGACGUAGCGAGCCAGACGGAAACGAUUUCCGUACGCGAUGUCGGCACCCAAACCGAAAUAGCCGACGAGAACUGUCAAGACGAUAAUAAGAUACCCGCCAUCUGGUGCAAUUUGACCGAAUUAACCGAGUCCCCGCUGUCCCCGAACGAUGUGCAAAUGGACGACAAAAUGGCGGCGCAAGAGAGCAACAAAAUGGCGUCAGGGCUGGCGGAAGACGACGAAAUGGCGUCGCGAGAGGAAAACAAAAUGGCCGCGCAAAGGAACGAGCAAACGGCGUCCGAGGCUGAAUCAGGAACGGCGGAAAAUGAAAUCGCGGCUGCACCGUCGGAGAAUAAUGACAAGGAGGGUGCAAAACAGGCGUCUGGGGAAGCUGCGGUGAAAAUAAUGCCGUUAAUGGAGGUGAAAACGUCGGGAAGUAUUUCAAAAGAGAAAAAUAAAACUCAUCCUCGGCCAAAGUAUCACCACCUAAUCUGCAUCCGGUGCGGAAAACACGGAUAUGAAACGGACAAGUGUCCCAAUUGCUCGACGAAUUCGUUCAACGAACAUCAAAAACCGUCGGCUCCUCAACGACGACGUUCCAGAAAUCGCCACAGGAUGCGCGAUCCUUACCAAAAUUCGUUCGACUAUUCUCGAUACAUGCAUUAUUGAGGGUUGACUUUUCAUCGAAACCAAAUAU